AUGUCAACAACGGUAACAACGGUAAUAGCUAAUAAUGACGUUGAUGAAGAUAUGAUAGUUGUGCAUCAAAGCAAAAGCGAAUUGUUGAAAAUUCAACCUCAUAUCGUUGUAGAAAUCAUAGAAAUUAUAAGAAAUUUCAUCACAAAUCAUCCGAAAUAUCUUAUGAAGUUUAGUAUAUGCAUGCAAAGAUCAUAA